AUGCGUACGUUACGGAUGACAAACAAACCACUUGCUUCGUCCAUCCCACAAGGAAGUAUCUGUAGUCCUGCCAGCUCUGGAGAGGACAGAGCGGUCGAAAGAGUCCCAUCUGCAGAUAUGAAGCUGCGACUGCAUUUUGUGGUGGACCCCAUAGGCUGGCUCUGCAUCAGUGCUGUGUUUGGCAUCUGGCUCUACAACUCCUUUUUUGUUCCCAAACUUGUUCUACUUCCACACUACCAUGAAGGACACAUACCUUGGGCCAUCGUUUUUUGUUAUUAUAUAGCAUCAGCACUGUGCUUUGCUGCUUUGUUUAGAGCUUCCACAGCAGAUCCUGGUCGCCUUCCUCAAGACCCUCAUAUACCUCACUCUGAGCGAGAACACUGGGAGCUUUGCAAUAAAUGUAACUUAAUGAGACCAAAGAGGUCGCAUCACUGCAGCCGCUGUGGCCACUGUGUCCGCAGAAUGGACCACCACUGUCCCUGGAUUAAUAAUUGUGUGGGAGAAGACAACCACUGGCUCUUCCUGCAGCUCUGUUUCUAUGCACAGGUCCUCAGCUUGUUCACUCUGGUCUUGGACUUCUGCCAGUACUACUACUUCCAGCCACUGACACAACUGGAUCAGGAGAAAUUCACAACACGUCAUGAACUGGCUUUGCUGCGAGGUUCAGCGCUCAUGGGCGUGGUCAUGUUUGGUGGCAUGACCAGUUUGUUCUACACUCAGAUGACAGGGAUUCUCUCGGAUACGACGACUAUAGAGAAAAUGUCCCAGUUCUCAAAUGAAAUCUUAAAUUCAAAGAAGAAGUGGCAGAGGGCGCUAGCCGAGGUCUGUGGGACUCGAUGGAAACUUCUGUGGCUGCUCCCGCUCAGAAUGAGGCAGCCUCUUCAGUCGGGACAUCAACAUUACCGCUCUCACGUUUAA